AUGAACAUUUAUAUAAUAUCAGUCUUGCUACUAGUUGCAACUACUAAGAGUGACUGUUCAAAAACAAUCACAAUUUUGUCCGAUUUCCAAAAUAACGACGAUGUAGAGUUCUUCAAAAAUGUGUACCCUUGGAUUACUGAGAACAUUGGACCGUACUUAAAAGCUAAAUAUUACUUUAGCCACGUCGAUGAGGCAACUGCACUCAGGUACUGUGCUCUCAGACAAUUAAAAUAUCCAGUAGACCAAGCGUCAUUCCUUCAGUGCAACACUGAAAAUUCCUUCUACAACUGUAGUAGAGAUUACUAUCUCAACGAAAAGAAAUUCAGAAAAUGUAUGAAAAAGAAAGUUCACAAGUAUGAAAAAGAGGCUUGGAAAACGUUCUCAAAAUACCGCCCGGGCAACACUCCUUUUAUCAUUCUGCCGAACGGUCAGACAUUAGAAAACGAAAGUCCUAGAAAAGUUUUGGAAUAUAUUUGUGAAGCGUUGUUUAAAAGAAAGAGAUUGCCAAGGGGAUGCAUGAACCCUACACCUGAGCCCACAACAACCACUACAUCUACGACAACUACAACAACACCAAAACCAACAACAACAGAAAAAUCUACGACCACCGAAACAACUACAACAACACAGACGCCUACUACAACAGAAAGAUCAACGACAACCGAAACGACUACAACAACACAGAAGCCUACUACAACAGAAAGACCAACGACAACUGAAGCGACUACAACAACACAGAAGCCUACUACAACAGAAAGACCAACGACAACUGAAACGACUACAACAACACAGAAGCCUACUACAACAGAAAGACCAACGACAACUGAAGCGACUACAACAACACAGAAGCCUACUACAACAGAAAGACCAACGACAACUGAAACGACUACAACAACACAGAAGCCUACUACAACAGAAAGACCAACGACAACUGAAACGACUACAACAACACAGAAGCCUACUACAACAGAAAGACCAACGACAACUGAAACGACUACAACAACACAGAAGCCUACUACAACAGAUGGUCCAACGACUACUAUGAAACCUACAACAACGUCACCACCUACAACUGAAAAGCCUAUCACAACUCAAAGGCCAAGUACAACUGAUAAACUUACUACAACCGAAAAGCCUAUUACAACAAUCAAAACUACUACGACAUCCAAUCCUAGUACAACUGAAGCUACAACAGGAAAGCCAACUACAACCGAAAAGACCGCGACAAAGGAACAAUCUACAACAGAAAAGAUUACAGUGACCGACGAGGUAAUUCCUAGUGAGAAGUCUACUACAAAAAAUAUUUCUACGACUGCCAACAAAUCGACAAUCAGUUACCUGACUACUGAUGAAGACUAUACCAAUGAAACUACAACGAAAUCAUUAUCAUCUUCGAGGCAAAGAUAUUUUGACGUCAUUUCGUUCGUUUAA